UGGCAGUAAUGCAACAGUCGGGAUGCUAGCUGCCGCAGAACCUCAAAGACGAAUAAGAAGAAGAGGCAGCAGAGAAGUAGAGCUUCCAUUAACUCAGCCUGAUGUGGCUAGGUCAAUGUUAGCAAGGUAACACUAAUGGUUGUUCUCCCUGUUGGACAUUUCUCCUCAUUAUUAACUCGAUAUGGGCAAAAGAGACAAUCGAGUGGCUUACAUUAACCCAAUUGCUGCAGCACGGGCCAGGGGGCCUGUACAGAACUCUGGUCCAACCAUACAGGAUUAUUUAAGCAGACCUCGGCCAACAUGGGAAGAGUUAAAGGAGCAGUUAGAGAAGAAGAAGAAGGGCUCUCGAGCCCUGGCUGACUUUGAGGAUAAAAUGAACGAGAGAUGGAAGAAAGAACUGGCAAAAAACCGAGAGAAGUUGUUAGGUGACAAGGACAAAGAGAGAGACAAAAAGACAACAGACAAGGAAAAGGAGGAGAAGAAAGACAAAAAGGAGAAAAAGAAGAAAGAAAAGAAGAAAUCCAACAGGCAUUCUUCAUCUUCCUCCUCUUCAUCGAGUUCUGAUUCCUCCAGCAGCUCCUCCUCAGAAUCUGAAAAUGAGGAUGACAAGAAGAGUGUGAAGAAAAAACGGAAGAGAAAGAAGUCAUCCGCCAGGAGAGCAUCGGACAGCUCGGAGGAAGAAUCAGAUGCUGAAAGCAAGAAGAAAAAGAAAAGACUCAAGGAAGAAGCGGACAAAGAUAAGGAUGACAAGAGCCGCAGAAGAAAAAGGAAGGCUGAGCGAAGUUAUAAAGACUCCUCUUCAGAGUCCUCUGUAGACUCUGAGGGGGAAGAGGUAGGUGAAGCCAAGAAGAAAAAGAGAAGUAGCGAAGAGAAGGAGAAAAUCACAGACAAAUCCAAGAAGAAGAGGAAAAAGAAGCACAAGAAACACGGCAGGAAAAAGAAAAAGAAGGCAGCAUCUCAGUCUGACUCAGAGCUCGACUAACAACCGUAGCUUUACGGUUCUCUCGGCCUCCUGGCAGUUCACUAGUAGUGGUUUUUUUUUUUUGCCUUUGAACACCAAAAACUUCUCCCAUCCAGCUUCGGUCAUCACACUUGAUCGAGGAGACCUACAAACUCGAAUGCUGGGGUGAAAACGAGGGAGGCACCCAUCCCUCUUAAGUGGCAACUACCGGUACAUAUCUUUUGUUGACUUUUAUCACCACGCUUUUGGUAGAAGGUUGUUCUUUGAGUUACAGCCAACGACAGGACUGAAGUGAAUUCCACAUCUUUCUUUUUUCUCUUCAUGGACAUUUCUGUGAGACUGGCACUGCGUGUUUGCCUUCAGUAUGCUGGCCCACUAGGAGUUGCUCCCUCUGCUUCCUACCUGACAUCUUGCGUUUCUAGUUGCUAGAUGAGGCUAAUAUGCUAGUGCCCGUGUCAUGCAUGUAGACCCGAUCACCUGAUGUCUCACCAGCCUCAUAUUGAAGUUGGACUUGUGAUAAGAAAUGUGCGCUGCACCGUCAAGAUUUAUACAAGGGAUGAUUGUUCAGUUAGAUCAAUUGUUACAUUGCAGUGUAAAUGUAUAAACAAUGGGAAUUCAUUAAUAAAGUAUUGUUUUAGCCUUUA